AUGCUAUUCCAAGUUUGUUUCAGUGCAAUUUCUAUUUAUUUAGUUUAUUAUUUACAUCCGAAAGAUUAUUUACGAAGAUUCGUAUUUCAAGCAGAAAAAAAUCAUUGGAUUUAUCUAUCUUUAUUUGUUACGUCUAUUUACAGUCUUUUUAUUCUUUACGGAUUUUAUAGACAAUUUCCUUACAAAGUUCCAAAGGAAGGAAAGUCAUUAAUAGAACUAGAUCACUCAGCAAUGAUGUCUUUAAUUAAUGGAACUAACAAAAAUCGCAUAAGUCCAUUCCUUCUCAAUAAUCCAAUGUUAUUGAACGAAACUCUUAAUGCAUCACCACUUCCUAUAGCGUUUACAGCAUGUUUAUACCAGAUGCAUAGUGACUACAUCGAUAUUUCCUUCAUAAUCUCAUUCCUUAACACGAUUUCGACAGUUAUUGCGUUAAAUAUUUUGACAGCUUCAUAUAUAAACUUCCCAACUAUCGUCACUUUCCUUGUUCUAUUCCAUAGUAGCUGGGGAUUCAUCCAUUUCUUUAGAUGCAGAGAUACUUCGAUAGAUUUACUUCACAACAUCGGAAAAGGAUACGUUACACCUAUCUACCAACCGUUUUUCAAGUUCCUUGUUUGUUCCAAGUCAGCAUCUUUCGCAUUUCCGAUGGCUAUUUACGUUAUUGCGAUUAUUGCAACACCAGAGUUCGGAUCUGGCUACUACAUGAUGUUCCUACUUGCAGGAUUCAUUGCAUCAUUGAUUCCUAGCUUCGCUGUCUCUUUUUCUGUUUUUAUUAUUUGUUUAUGCCACGUUAACUCUAUUUUGUUCACAUUUUUCUUUUCCAUUUCACUUGUUUGGAAGUACUUUUACAGCAGUUUGUCUAUUGUCCCAAUCUGGCGCGAAUAUCAGUACGAUGGUGUUUUCAUUUCACAAUUCUGGUCAUGGUUUGACAUUCUUGGCCCAUUUAUCAUAUCUUUCAUCCUAUUUCCAUUCAUGAACCUCAAACCUUUGCUUCUACAUCGUGUAAUUUUAACAAUUUCGCCUUUAAUUCUUUUAUCUUUCAUCAGAUCCGGCGGCGACCACUUUGAUAAUGCACUAGCGAUCACAGCAACUGUAUUGCCAACAGCAAUUAUUGCAACAGUUUCAUUUUUGAACACAAUUGUUUCAUCAUUAGGAAAAAGGAUGCGUGGACACAUCACAGGCAUUUGCAUUUUGUUCUUUAUCAUAUUUGUUGUCACAGGACAUAUCUCAUGCGUUCGACAAACACAAAAUGUUGUUGAUGGAGUUACAAAAGAUGCGAAAAGCAUGGCAUCAUUCAUAGAGAUGCAUAUUAGUAACAGUGAAGCAAUAUUAACAACACCAUCCUCGAUGAAUCCUGUUUCUUUCUUAGUUGGUCACCAGAUUUUCGUUGGAGAUGCUUUUGGACACUACCAGAGAGGUGAAGAUGCAACACAAAGGCUCAUACAAUAUAACACAAUGAAUUUGAAACAAUUAAUGGAAAUGAAAAAGAUCAAGUUCGUUUUGUUUGAUUUGAGACAAGAUAAUAACUACCCUACAUACGAGAAUGUAACAGAAUUGUUGUUCAGAACAGAAAACUGGCUUCUUUUGAAGCUUAUUUAA